AUGACAAAAAAGGUUUUAAUUAUCUGCGGAAUUGUAGCAGGCGUAGCAGUUAUUGCAGCCAUUGUUAUAUCAAUAGCAGUCAUCUCCAGUAAAAAAUCGUCAGCAGCGACAACGAGUACAACAACGGCUGCAACAGUUCUUGCUUAUUGGAAUUUUGAAGGCAAUGGCAAUGACUUAUAUGGUGUUUAUAACGGAACAAGUAACUGUGGCUCAUGUCAAUAUCUCACAACAGGGUUCUAUGGUGGCACAUAUUUCUACAUACCUAAUACAAACAAUUAUAUGCAAGUGCCAGCCUCAUCCUAUUUCAAUCUAAACUCUCGAAGUUUCACAUUCGAAGCAUGGGUUUAUUUUUACAGUUUGUCGACUGAUCAACCUAUAUUUAGUCAGUGUACAUGUACCACUUGUACAAGUCAGUGUUUAUUUUUUCUUGUUCGAAGUAGUAAAUUGUAUAUGGGCUUUAAUUUCAAUGAUUUAUCGGGAUUAACAACAUUGUAUGCGAACAAUUGGUACUAUGUGGCCUUUGUCUAUAACUACCAAACGUUUCAACAAAUUAUUUACCUCGAUGGCGUUCAAGAUGCAAUCCGUUCUAGUGUGACGACGCCUUAUCUUGGAACGAACGGAUCUAUGUAUUUUGGUUCUUUGCCAAAUUUAAUAUCGACUUAUUACUACGGUGUCAUGGAUAACGCACAAUUGACAACACGUGCGAAAAGUUCAACAGAAAUAUUGACUGACGCAACAUUAGUAUUCUACUAUUCAUUCGAUCAGCCAAAUCCCUACUAUGAUAAUGGUCAAAACCGUUUAAAUGCAACAGUUACGUACCUUUUAUCAUCUACAAGUGGACAUGUGGGGCAAGCCAUUCGCUUCACAAGCACUUCAAGUUAUUUGCAAGUAUGCUGCUUUACUGGGGUUGGUUGGCCGUCUAGUAAAUCGCUUACAUUUGCCAUGUGGCUCUACCCGUCAUCAAUAAGUGGCGGUACUUUAGUAUAUAGUACUCAAGGUUACCAGAUGCUUGGCUUAACUAAUAGUGGUCAAAUCGCAGCCCAAAUUCAAGAAGGAUCUCCCGUAAACACUUGGCAAUAUAUAUAUGGUGUUUUUCUAGUAGUGAAUACGUGGGUGCAUGUGGCCUGCACAUUUAGCGUAACAAAUGGCUUUAUUUUAUAUGUUAAUGGUGUAUCACAAGGUGCAAUAACGGGCAUUUCUACGUACUAUUUUAACUACAAUCUCCAAACUAUUCAAAUAGGAGGUAGCUAUCAAGGAUCAGUUGAUGAAUGGUAUGCUUAUAGACGCGAACUAAGUGUCGCAGAAAUACUAGCAUUAGCUAGUGUAUAA